AAUAGCGUAACCACCUAAUAAUGGUCUCCAGCUAACAACAAAACACACCGUAUUAUUGUUAAAUUCCAUCCUCAAAUUCCUCAGUAAGGCAAAAAGCCCAAAUUAGCGACCAAACACGAACUCGAGCCGCGUGUUUCAUAACAAUCGAUUAUUGAUUCAUGCGAUUUGUCUAACAAAAUGGCCUGAUAGAUCUGUUCAAGAGACAAAAGCUUUUUGAUUCGAGAGUGAGAGUACCGAGAGUGAGAGAGAGCCAGAGGGGCUAUGGUGUGAUGAAGUUUAAGGAAGCGGAAGGAGAUGGCGAGAGGAGAGUGGGGAUAUCAAGGGAGGAGUAAAUGGUGUCUUUCUUAUAAGAAAACCACUCUUAUUGUUUGUUCCAUCAACAUUGUUAUUGCUCUCUACGUUCUUUGCUCAAUCUAUGGUUCUAUUUUUGUUUUUUCCACCAAUAAUUUCAAUUUUGUAAAGUAUACCCCAGAUCAGAUUAGGAAAAUGGAAGAAUCAAUUCGGAUUCGAAGAGCUAAUGAACCAAUAGAGCUUAUUAAGUUGGUAAAGGAAUCAAAGCAAGAGUUUUCUAGAGAAUACAUGGUUGAAUUGCCGCGGGCUGUUAAGCAGAGAUUGACUGAUGAGAUCCUGCGGAGGUUGCAAAGCGUGAAUGCAACUGAAAAUGGAGAUGCAGAAAGGGCAGAAGCAGUUGAAAGGUGGCGUAAAGAAAAACUAGAAGAAGCCAGACAGUUGAGUGUUGGAAGACACGGAAUAAAUUCAAGUGAUUUGCAAGAGGAAGCUAGAAUGCUAGUAAGAGUCUUGGAGUCUGAUUGGGAUGCGCUCUCAGGAGAAAUUGGCCUUUGGAUACCCUCUGAAAUCACUCAACGAGAACAUGAUAAACCUGAGGGUGCAGAAGAGGAAGAGCUUGAGGAAGAAAUUUUGCCUGGCAGACCAGUUCCACGUGAGUGUAAUGCUCAACUUCAUACAGAUUAUGAUGGUACUGCUGUCACAUGGGGUCUUACACACCACCAAGAAAGUGCAGCUGACUGCUGUGAAGCUUGCUUAGAACAUGCAAAGAGUGCAAAGCCAGGUGAAAUGAAAUGCAAUAUAUGGGUUUAUUGCCCAGCUGAGACAGGCUGCUAUUCCCCAGAUAUCUAUGAACAUAAAAAUCAGGAAUGCUGGCUGAAAUACGCAGAGAAGCCCAGAUUAAAUUUUAAGGACAAGUAUUCUGAAUCAUACAGAAAUUCCCACCCAGCUGCACCUUUGUAUGUUCCAUGGGUGUCCGGAGUCAUUACUCUGUGAUUCAUUUUGAUAAAAGAGUGAGCGGUCAAUCAAGCUGUAUGUUGACCUGCAACCUCAACAAUGUAGAGAUAGCCAUCAAGUUACGCAUUCCUUGAAAUGCUACGGAAACUCAUCUAGUAACAACAUUCAACUGAAAUCCAUGUCUCCUACUCUGAAUUCGGACUUUGGUCUAUUGUUCUCUGGGCUUAUUUUGGUAAAGAGAAUGGAUUGGGAGUGUGAUUUCAUGACUAUAUAUAACACUUUUUUUUUUUUUUUUUUUUUGUAUUAGGUAAUGUAAUUAAAUGGGCUUGGCAAAGAUGAUUCUAAAUUGGGACAUCUAAUGCCAGAGCAAGGUGACAUUCUAGAGAAACAUUUAAUGCCUAUUUACCUUCUUGCAACUGUUUUUAAUUUUAAUUUUAUUGGUUUUGGCUUAUA